AUGAAGCAAAUACUCAUCAGGAAGGAGGAUGGAGAUAAAGAAAAGAACAGAAAGAACAUAAUGGCGCAGAGUCACAAGUUUCAGGAGAUGGAGGAAAACGGAGCCACCCUGCUGCACCUGAUCAACAGCACUCAGCUGCACAAACUCCGCGGGGUCAAAGAUGCCAUUCAGACGCUGUUCGACCGACACACGGACACCAAGAAGACCGUUCAGCAGAUUCUCAUGGACGUGGCCCAGAUUGAGGAGAAUGCCGGGCAGAGGUUGCUGGACUUGCAGGAGGAGCAGAGCAGGAGAGAGCAGGAGUGUAACCAUCUGGAGGAGCAGCUGAGGCAGUGCACGGCCAAGAGCCAGAUCACAGACUCUGAACUACAGUUUCUGCAGAAUGAAUUUGAAAACUUGCAGAAUGAUAAACAUGAGUUGGAAACUCUUCAGAAUGAGGUCAAUGAAGAUACCACAGAAGUCAUUCCUUCCUCUAUAUAUGUUGCAAAAUUGUAUCACCUAAUUACAAAGAUCAAGUGGGAGUACGACACAGAGCCUCACAUUCUUAAAGGAGUGCACUAUGGGGCAGAUCUGGCUAGUCUCAUUCACAUAGACAAAUCAAAGCAGUCUCCAGGAGAAGUGAGCGACCAUCUCUGGAGCUUUGUCAGCACUGAGUGGUAG